AUCUCAUGAUGCCCUUCACUGAACUAGUUAAACAUCUAAAGUAAGAACCUGUAGCCACUGCUCUUCUCCUGAUCUGACUGGAAGGCUUUAGAAAUCCCUUCAAAAGAGGAAGAGAAGCAGCCCAGUAGAAUAACAAAAACAGACAGGCAGAAACAAUCAGGAAUUGCCAGUGACAAAAGGGAAAGAGGGAAAGCAAAAACCUGAAGGGCAGAAAGAGGUAGAGUAGGAGGAAGAGAUUGGAUUCAACACACAGUACAGAACCUGCUCCUUCUCCUGGCUACUGGACUGGKGAGGAUGAACUGAAAGUAGAAAAGACAAGAAGACUCCAAGCARCUUGAGACACCAAGAGGCCACAGAAACACCUUACAGGGAUGCAUAACUCAGACAUGAUCUACUUUGUUGUAGGGUGUUUCUUAUGGUUCCCCCAUGUAAGAGGUGAGGAAGGCUGCCUCAACGCUGAAUUCUGUUCAGGUACAGAAUGGGACCGUUUGUGGUAUAUCUGGCUGGUGCUGGUGAUCGGGGGGCUSGUGCUCCUGUGUGGCCUGGUCUCUGUCUGCGUGAGGUGCUGCUUCCACUGCCAUCGCACAGGGGACGAGUCGGGCCCUCAGCCCUACGAGGUGACGGUCAUUGCGUUUGACCACGACAGCACCCUCCAGAGCACCAUCACUUCUCUCCACUCAGUGUUUGGGCCUGCUGCCAGGAGGAUAUUGGCGGUGGCUCACUCCCACAACGCUGCCCAGGGACCAGCUCCCCUCUCGGCAGCAGACACCCCUCCCGUGUACGAGGAAGCUCUGCACAUGAGCAGGUUCACAGUCGCCAAGGCGGGGCAGAAGGUGCCAGACCUGGAUCCAGUGCCGGAGGAAAAGCCACAAGCGUCUGCCGAGGGCAAGGAUGCCCAGUCAGCCCUCCCAGGACACUAAUGUCUGGUUUUACUUCACAGCAAAUCAUACAGGAUGGUUACMUGCAGAGACUAACACAGCUGGGCAGGGUUUUAAGAAAUUCAGAUUAACUUCCUUAGUCAAUUGAGAAAGGGGAGAAAAAGUAACUAAAAUUCCAAAUAUUUGCAAAUCUAGCAUAGCUUAAUGGCGCUUCCUGAUACCUCCCUGAGAUAAUUUGCAUUCUCUAAGCCCACUUAUUACAAACACACAACACUAGUAUCACACUUUGAACAAAUAAGCAGGCAGCAGCAUCAAGGUGCUGAGCCAUUUUGUAGGCUGGUGAUCUGCAAGGUUACUGCAGACACAGUCUUAUUCCACUUGCCUUUAGCCUAAAUUCCCUCAGGAUGGCAGAGAUAAUGGUCUUCAAAAUGGUCUUCAAAUGGUCUUCAAAUGGUCUUCAAAAUAGGAAGAAAAAGAAAAAAAAAAGACAUUUACAAUUGCAAAGGUCUAUUAUGAUCCCGUAAUAACACCAAACUUCUGGAAAGUGCCAACCACUUACAGUAAAUUAAAAACAAAAUAAUAACAAAAGGAAAUUAUCUGCAUGUAAGUAAAAGACAGCAYGCAUACAGACAGUGUGUACAGAGUGUGCCCUAAAUGGAUACAUGGAAUGAACAGAGUCUGGUUUUGAAUGGUAUAUAAAGCAAUUGUGAAAUAGUAGGCAUGAGCUCUUACAUUUGAAUUCAAAAUAUUAUAUAUGUACCAACAGAUCAAAYAAGGGGAGGAGAAAGAACACUACCUCUAAAAUAAAGCUCAAUCAUAUUUUCAAUGUAUUCAUAUAGUCUUGUUUACUAAUUCCUAAUGUUGCUGUCAAAACCAAAUCAAUUGAUGUAAGACCAUGUAAAACAUGCAAGUUAUUUCUCAGACAGAGUAAUCUGAGAGUCUCUCUUGGUCAAUACAAAUAUGUUGAACCAUCCAGAAAUAUUAAUCAAACUGGAUGGACAUAGGAGUGGCCCAUCUGUAAAAUCUUUGAUUAGGCAGUCAGGAGAAGGUGAGUGUUGAACUGUGUCAGUSUUGUCUCUA